UUCAAAUUAGCUUGCGGUCGGUUAUCAAAUCCAACAAAGGAGUGGAAACUGGGAAGUGGAGGUGUCAGGUUUCUUGUACCUCUCAAAACAUCAUGGAGUUUGCUGAGCUGAUCAAAACCCCUCGUGUGGAUGGAGUGGUCCUCCACCGACCCUUCAUGCCCACUGUGGAGGGAACUCUGUGUCUGACAGGACAUCACCUCAUCUUGUCUUCUCGCCAGGACAACACUGAAGAGCUCUGGCUGCUUCAUGCUAACAUUGACUCUAUUGAGAAAAGGUUUAUCGGAUCGCUGGGAACUAUUAUUGUAAAGUGUAAGGACCUGCGGGUGAUUCAGCUGGACAUACCUGGCAUGGAGGAGUGUCUUAAUAUUGCCAACUCAAUUGAAGCUCUCUCCACGCUGGACUCUGUGUCCCUGAUGUAUCCGUUCUUCUACCGUCCUUUGUUUGAGGUCAUUGAGGAUGGAUGGCAGUUGUUCGUACCAGAGGAGGCUUUCAAAGAUCUGGAGUCUAUGACAGAUGAAUGGAGACUGAGUGAGGUAAAUAAAGACUUCAGCGUGUGCCCCUCGUACCCAUCCCUACUGACUGUGCCCAAAGACAUUGAUGAUGAAAGUCUCUGCAAAGCUGCAUCCUUCCGCCACGGAGGCCGUUUCCCUGUGCUCAGUUACUACCACAAGAAAAACGGCAUGGUGAUGAUGCGAGCAGCACAGCCACUAACAGGAACCAAUGGACGCCGCUGCAAAGAGGAUGAGAAACUGAUCAAUGCCACGCUUUGUGCGGGGAAGCGAGGUUACAUCAUCGACACGCGGACUAUAGCUGUGGCGCAGCAGGCUAAAGCUCGCGGAGGAGGAUUUGAACAGGAAGCCAACUACCCUCAGUGGAGGAGGAUCCAUAAAGCCAUUGAGAGGUCUAAUGUUCUGCAGGAGAGUCUGAUAAAGCUGGUGGAGGCGUGCAACGAUCAGUCGCACAGCAUGGACCGCUGGCUUAGUAAACUUGAAGCGUCCAACUGGCAGAGUAAUGUUAAGGAAAUCCUCACAACGGCCUGCCUGGCUGCACAGUGCAUUGACAGGGAAGGGGCGUCAGUGCUGGUUCAUGGUACAGAGGGCACUGAUUCAACACUGCAGGUCACGUCUCUCGCCCAGAUCAUCCUCGAUCCGGCAUGCAGAACCAUCCGUGGCUUUGAGGCGCUGAUUGAGCGAGAGUGGUUACAGGCCGGUCACCCGUUCCAGCAGCGCUGUGCACAGUCUGCAUACUCAAACGGGAAGCCCCGGAGUGAAGCGCCCGUGUUCCUGCUCUUCCUGGACUGUGUGUGGCAGAUCCUGCGGCAGUUCCCUUGCUCCUUCCAGUUCAAUGAGAACUUCCUGAUCAUGCUCUUCGAGCACACCUAUGCCUCACAGUUUGGCACUUUCCUUGGAAACUGCGUGGCCGAGAGGGUGAAGCUGCAGCUGUCUCAGAAAACUGUUUCUUUGUGGUCCUGGGUGAACAGACCUCAGGAGCUGGAGCGAUUUCUCAACCCACUGUAUGAGCCCAAUAACCUGGUCAUCUGGCCGUCUGUGGCUCCUCAGAGCCUGCUUCUGUGGGAGGGGGUAUUCCUUCGCUGGAAUCGCUCCACAAAGUGUUUGGACGAGGCCCAUCAGGAGAUGGUCCAUAUUAUAGAGUACAACAAGGAGCUGCAGAACAAAGUGAACAGCCUGCGCAGACAGCUGGCCCAGCUCGAGACGGAGGACAGCCCACUGCAGACACCGUAGGACAUCAGCAGAAUGAUAUCCUUCUGAUUUGCCAUCUCUGUCUUACUGAAAUAAGCCUCACGCACAUAUAUCUACACUCCUCUGAUCGUACUCUUUCUUUCUGACUCCAUUGGUCUCUAAUGGAUCCUACUCUCUGGCCACUAGAUCUGCUACUCUAUUAAUAUAUCAUUGUGGUUUUCUUCCUUAAACACUAUGCCUCACUUGUCCUUAUUAUGACGUGGUUCAUGUAAAACAUUUUAAACUGAUUAGCAGGUUAUGAUUAGAAGGUCAUUUCAUUAGAGAUUGUACAUUGGUGCUUUGGUUUACAUGUUCUCAAAGAAAAGGGACUGCUGAUGUGCCAUUUUUUAUUUUUAUUUUAAGUCGUGUGCCAUGAAGUGCAAUAGAAAAUACAAUUCUAAAAUAAAAGGGAAAAUAUUGGACUGACUAUUAGAUGCUGGAAAUAUCAUUUGAAUCUAACACAGCUGGUUUACAUAGUCUUAUGUGUUCCCUAACUCCUUCCAAAGAGACACUGACCACAUGAUUAAAGAGAUAGUUCACCCAAAAAUGCUGUCCAAGAUGUAGAUGAAUUUGUUGCUUCAUCAGAACAGAUUUGCAAAAAUUUAACAUUACAAUACUUGCUCACCAAUACAUCCAAUGCAGUGAAUGGGUGCCAUCAGAAUGAGAGUCCAAACAGCCGAUAAAAACAUCACACUUUUUUUUUUUUUAAUCAGCUUUUUGAACUCUCAUUCUCACUGCACCCAUUCACUGCAGAAGAUGUAUUGGUGAGCAAGUUUUGCAAGUGUGAAGGAACAAACUCGUCUAUGUUUUGAAUGGUCUGAGAGUGAGUACAUUUUCAGCAGAUUUGCAUUUUUGGUGAACUGUUGCCAAGAUAUUGCCAAAAGUGGCACUUUUUGCUUUACAAAUGUAAGAUCGUUUGUGCACGGGUAAUAUUCAUAUUUGUAUAAAGAUGUUUAGUAUAUAGUUUAAAAAUCCAGAUUUCUGUUAGCGACAUAGAGAAUAAUGUGUCAUAAAUUUCCACCCACAACCCUUAAAAUGAUUUGUUGCAGAUUUUUUUUACAUUUUUUUUAAUGAAUAUCUUUUAGGACACACACAGCAGUUGUUUAGGCCCACUGGGAUUAUUACAGUUUCUGUUCUGCACAAAAGCAUUUCAUUCCCUACAGUUCUGCACGAGUGACAUGAGCAUGAUCUGUGGACAGAAGGUGUUUGCUGCAAAAUCUCAUGCAAAUCAUUUCACACAUCAUUUAUGCAAAUAAAUCAAGAUAUAUUUGCUCAAUGUGCCGUUACAUGUUUUUUUUUGGUCCAUUUGUUUAAUAAAUAUCUGAAUAUUUAAAUCUAUUGUGCAGUGACUGCUGUAGCCUAUAUAUGUAAUUUUAAUAUUCCACUGGGUUCUUGCCAUCAAAUAGACUCUGCUGCAUUUAUGAAUGUGUUUUAAUUUAAGGUAGAUUUUGAUACUGGGGAUAGAUAGAUAGAUAGAUAGACAGUCAGUCAGUUGUUGUUGUUUUUUUAUGCACAAUAUUUUUUUAUUUCAUUCAGGCACUUCAGUAGCAUCAACUGACAAACAUUAUUAAGAUUCACUGUAAAAUUGUCUGUACAGUGUCAUGCCUUGCUUUACAAAAUAUUGAUCAAAUGUAUAACUGAAGUAUGUUAUGUUCUGUGGGCAUUAAAUUUGUUUAAUGCACAUCUGUGUGUAUUUGAUUUUUUUCAUAUUUAAAUUGACCACCUGUAAGUAUCUCAGUUCCAAGGCAAUAAAUGGUAAUAAAAUAUGAAUUAC